AUGAUAUUUGUUCUCUGUCUAACUUUCCUAUCAAUUCUUGUAUUUCAUCAAUUUUAUUGGCGGCGUCGGAAUUUACCGCCAGGUCCGAUGCCAUGGCCUCUAGUUGGAAAUUUCGUUUCAAUGUUCUAUCCGCCUCCAGGAUAUGGUGCGUUCAAUAGAUGGACCAAAAAAUACGGUGAUAUUUAUACUUUUUGGCUUGGUUCAACUCCUUAUAUUAUGAUAAAUUCGUAUGAGAAAAUGAAGGAGACAUUUGUGAAAGAUGGUGAUACUUAUGUAGCGAAAAAACCACAAGGUUUCAAUGAAGAGUUUCGUGGUGGAAGUUAUGGUGUGAUUGAGACAAAUGGUGAGGUAUGGCGAAAUCAUCGACGAUUUGCGUUGAUGAAUUUGCGAGAUAUUGGAUUGGGUAAAGAUUUGAUGCAGGAGAAGAUUUUGAUCGAGGUUGAAGAUAUGUUCAAAGAUUUUGAUUCGACAAUCGGAAGUAUUGAAGAAGUCGAUAUUCCAUUAAGAUUUUAUAAUGGAGUUGUGAAUGUUAUCAAUCAAGCAACACUUGGUUAUCGCUUUGAUAGUGUAAGUGGAAAUUCCAUCAAUAACUUCAACUCAUAUUUUAUUUACAGGAAAACUAUAACGAUUUCGCCAAAUUGAAAAACUUGCUUGAUUUCCAAAAUGAAGCAUUCAAUGAUCCAAUAGUGAUGAUUCAAGCCUUUGUGCCGGCUCUCGGUAAAUUAUUCCCAAAUCAUAGCAUUCAAAAAAUCCUUGAUGGAUUUAAAAACGAUUUCUAUGGAUUUUUCAACGAGCAAAUUGAGAAAAACCGAAAGAAAGUUGAUUUUGAUUCGGAGGAAAGCGAUAAUUAUUGUGAGGCUUAUUUGAAGGAACAAAAAAAGAGAGAAGCUGAGGGAGAUUUUGAAAGUUUUUCAAAUAAACAACUCUCAAAUAUGAUUCUUGAUCUUUGGUUUGCUGGAUUAGUCACAACUACAACUACUAUCUCAUGGGCUAUUGCUUAUUUUUUGCAUAAUCCAGAAGUUCAAGAAAAAAUUUAUGAAGAACUUGAUAGAGUAAUCGGAGGUGAAAGACUUAUCACAACUUCUGACAAAAAUGAUCUUCCAUAUAUGAAUUCAUUUAUCAAUGAAUCUCAAAGAUGCGCGAAUAUAAUUCCAAUCAACUUGUUCCACGAAACCACCAAAGAUACCACAAUUAAUGGUUGGCUAGUGAAAGCUGGAACUGGUGUGAUUGCUCAGAUUAGUACAGUUAUGAUGGAUGAAAAAGUAUUCCCUAAUCCUGAAAAAUUCGAUCCAACAAGAUAUAUUGAUAAGGAAACUGGGAAAUUCAAGAAAAUUGACGAAGUUCUUCCAUUUUCAAUUGGAAAACGACAAUGUUUAGGAGAAGGAUUAGCAAGAAUGGAACUAUUUUUAUUUAUUUCAAAUUUCCUAAAUCGAUACAAGGUAAGUUUUCACACAGGCAUAAAUGCUUGACUUUUUUAAUUCAGAAAUUCCUGUCGCAGAAAAAAAAUUUCUCGCGUGAAUCGGGAGGCGGGAUUUAUUUGGCAAGGUGCGGCACGUUUUUUUCAAGCAAAAAUUAUUUCUGAUUUUUUGCAUUUCGAAAUUUAAUGGAGAAAAAAAGAUGAAAUCGAAAAAAUUAUUUUAAAAACGUGAAACGUGUAAUCGUGGCAGGGGCGGAGCCAGCAGGAAAAAAAGUCAGCAAUUUAUGCCUGUGUUUCAGAGAAGAAUUUCUAGAAAAAUAUGAUAAUUUCUAGAUAAAAGUCGGCGAACUUCCAUCAAUCGAUAAAAGCAACGAAACAACAGUUACACCAAGAAAAUUCAACGGGUUCGUCACUCGACGAUAUUUGUAA